GGAACACGCACCAAGCCUGAAUCAUCGAAGCAACAGCAAUCCCAGACUCCCACUCCGCAUCACUCGAACACCAAGCAACCACCCACCGAUCGACAAUGUCGCUGAUCCGCCGCAGCAACGUGUUCGACCCCUUCUCCGUCGACCUCUGGGACCCCUUCCAGGGUUUCCCCUUGGGCUCCGGCAGCGGCAGCAGUCUCUUCCCCUCGUUUGUAGGCACCAACUCGGAGAUGGCCGCCUUCGCCGGCGCCCGCAUCGACUGGAAGGAGACCCCGGAGGCGCACGUGUUCAAGGCCGACGUGCCGGGGCUCAAGAAGGAGGAGGUGAAGGUGGAGGUCGAAGACAGCAACGUGCUCCAGAUCAGCGGCGAGCGCAACAAGGAGCAGGAGGAGAAGACCGACACCUGGCACCGCGUGGAGCGCAGCAGCGGCAGGUUCCUGCGCAGGUUCAGGCUGCCGGACAACGCCAAGACGGAGCAGAUCAGCGCGUCCAUGGAGAACGGCGUGCUCACCGUCACCGUGCCCAAGGAGGUGGUCAAGAAACCUGACGUCAAAUCCAUCCAGAUCUCCGGCUAGAGCCGGGAGCCUGGCUGCUUUUGUGUAGUCUGGAGUCGCUUGAGUCGUGAGUCUGUUCUUCCCAUCUUGGUCCAAAAUGCUAGCGUCCGAGUCCGAGUAGAACUUCAGGUGCUGUUUGAACGUGAGCUGUGGCUGCAGUGUUUAAA